AGAAAGGCCGUCUGGCACCAAGCUUAAAUAUUGCAGCAAACUAAAAAGCCGCCAUCAGAGCCGGUUCAUCUGCUCAGUGGGGCGGCAGGGACAGGGCUUUAGGUGGGAGAGAGGGCAGCGCAGAGUUCACUUCCCCCCCGACGGCCACACACUAACGGGACACCACUCAACCUCGCCGGAGCCGCAGCUGUGUGCUACGGAGCGACCAUGGGCGACUGGAGCUUUCUGGGGAACAUUUUAGAGGAAGUGAACGAGCACUCGACGGUGAUCGGCCGGGUGUGGCUCACGGUGCUCUUCAUCUUCCGCAUCCUGAUCCUGGGGACGGCGGCCGAGUUUGUGUGGGGCGACGAGCAGUCCGACUACGUGUGCAACACCAACCAGCCCGGUUGCGAGAACGUGUGCUACGACGAGGCCUUCCCCAUCUCCCACAUCCGCCUGUGGGUGCUGCAGAUCAUCUUUGUGUCCACGCCGUCGCUGGUCUACGUGGGCCACGCCGUGCACCAUGUCCACAUGGAGGAGAAGCGCAAGGAGCGCGAGGAGGCGGAGCUCAGCCGCCAGCAGGAGCUGAGCGAGGAGCGGCUGCCGCUGGCGCCCGACCAGGGCAGCGUGCGCACCACCAAGGAGACCAGCACCAAGGGCAGCAAGAAGUUCAGGCUGGAGGGCACCCUGCUGCGGACGUACAUCUGCCACAUCAUCUUCAAGACGCUGUUCGAGGUGGGCUUCGUGGUGGGCCAGUACUUCCUGUACGGCUUCCACAUCCUGCCGCUGUACAAGUGCAGCCGCUGGCCCUGCCCCAACAUCGUGGACUGCUUCGUGUCGCGCCCCACCGAGAAGACCGUCUUCAUCAUCUUCAUGCUGGCCGUGGCGUGCGUCUCGCUCUUCCUCAACUUCGUGGAGAUCAGCCACCUGGGCCUGAAGAAGAUCCGCUUCGUGUUCCGCAAGCCGGCACCGGCCCCGGCGCCCGGGGAGGCCUCGGCGCCGCCCGCGCUGCUCCAGGGGAAGCUGCCCCUGGCUCUGCCGGGCCUGCAGAGGGCCAAGGGCUACAAGCCCCUGGAGGAGGAGAAGGCCGCCCACGUCAGCCAGCUGUACCCGCUGGCCGAGGUGGGCAUGGAGGCCGGCCGCCUGGCCCCGCCCUUCCACGGCCUCGAGGAGAGGGAGGAGAAGAUGCUGCACCUCUCCAAGGCGUACGAGACGCUGCCCAGCUACGCCCAGACCACCGAGAAGGGCAGCGUGACGCUCAUCCCCGAGUCCGAGCCGGAGCAGGAGGUGGCGGCGGAGGUGGUGCUGGAGGCGCCGGCGCCGGAGGUGGUGGUGGAGGAGGAGGCGCCGGCGCCGGAGGUGGUGGUGGAGGAGGUGGUGUCCGGGGAGGGUGGAGAUCCUCUGAUGGACGCUGGGCUGGAGGCGGCGGAUACGAUAGAAGACACGAGACCGCUGAGCCGGCUGAGCAAAGCCAGCAGCAGGGCGAGGUCAGAUGAUCUGACUGUAUGAACACACACACACACACACACACACACACACACACACACACACACACACACACACACACACACACACGGGCCGUACACACACACACUACACACACACACACACACGGGCCAUACACACACACACCCACACACACCCGACUCAAGACGAAACGCCAAAAGCAUAGACAGGUCGAUAUCCGAGGGAAACACCACAAGAAGCGUGAAUUAAACGUGAUUAAAAUGGUUUCUUAAUGCAAAAGAGAGAGGGCCGAUAAUUCAACCAGGCGAUGAAACAUCGACACGUGUUUGUGACAAAAGUGAACAUAAAGUUGUAGCUGAAGGAGAAGGUAGGAUUUAUUUUUAAAACUGUGUUCUUAUAUUUCAAAAUGUGGUAAGGACACAUGCAAAUGGAGAAUGUUUUUACUUGAUGAAAAUCCAUGUUCCAUUUUUAGGAAACAACCUUUUUCAUUUGCAGGAGUUUAAACGAUAUAAAAAGCUUUGAACUCAUAGGUGGAAGACAAUUAAUCAUUUUGUCGUGUGUCUGCAAACCAGUAAUCUCGCUGUAGGCGUUAGACUUUGAUUCCUAUUCAGAACGCAGCACGCCACAAAGUGAGACGAGUGGCUGCAAAUGUCAUUGGCUCUCGCACAGA